GCAAUGGAAGGCAGAUUUCACAGAGAGGCAGAUGCGAGACAGCACCACUCAGAGCUCAGGAGGACCGAGAGGACUCACACGCACACAGCCAGGCUGCAGCAUGCACAUUAUACAAGAAAAAUUUGACUAGGAGGUUGGCAAGAAAAAUUCAGGUAAAAUUGUGAUGAAUCAUUUUUUUAAAUUUGCGUUGAGUUUUGUGCAUGUGAACACACCAACGUUUUUUCCAACAAGAUUUCAUGUGGGGCCCAAAACACCUAUGGGCUAAGUUUGUCUUUUUAUUUAGGGUGGGGGAUGGUUGCAAAAAUAACUCAAUAAAUUGUCCAAUUGUAUCCUUUUGUUUUUUUGUUUAAAGUGUGUCCUUUCCUUUUCUCUUUGCUUGUCAGUAACAUAUGUUUUCAGGCCUUUAUUUUGAAACCACGUACCGGAAACCCUUCCCAGAUAUAAUUGGCUUGACCACAGUUGCUAGGGUACAAACUGCCCCAUGGCAACGGAACCACUCAGAGGAAGAGUUGAGAUUUUAAUAUUUUUAUUCUUUAAUUGUCACAAAAAAAUGACGGAUUUCUUUCAGGAAACAGAAGCGUUACCUUGAAUUCAAGAAUGCCAGCCACAAAAGUAAUCAAGCAAUCCCGGGUGGAGGCCUCGAGAAAAACCGUCGAGCGAACUAAACCGGUGAAGGUAAAAGCGGUUAACGGAGCUCAGCGUGAACUCAGAGUGCCCUCGGUGCGUAAAAGCCGCGCGUCAAGCUGCCCCAGGUGUCCGCAGCGGGACAGGUGUGAGGAGGGGAGCACCGGAGUGAUGCGCACGGCCCUCAAACCGGGCUGUGAAAGGAGAUCCAGGUCCAGCUCCACCGCUCACAGAAACAACCUGGACUGUCGGAAGGCGGCAAACUCUGCGAGGAGUGCCAAUGUGAACCAAAAAUGCCAGAAGAUGAGCGCGUGUCAGAGGGAGCAGCGGGCAGUCAGGGUGGAGGCUAAGCAUGCUAUUCAAAGUCACAAAGCUUUCACCGUCAUCCCUCCGAACCCAAAGAAAAGAAGAGAGAUCCAGAGAAAGGCGGAGGCGGAGCUCGCCGCUUUAGAGGAGCUUCGGCUGAGCAGAGCAAUGGCGUAUGUCUCCAUCAACCCCAGUAGUGUUGGACAGACUGAAGACAGACAAGAAAUGUGGGGCGGCUGUAUGAGUCUGGAGGAAGUACGUUCGAAGCAGCAGCAGGAAAUGAUGAAAGCAAAGAGGAAACAGAAGCCGAUCAGGACACAGGUUUUGGAAGAAAAGCCUGUUCUGGAAAUAUAAGCAUCAUCCCUCCUCGCUGUUUUUAUUUUUAUUUUAUUUUUUAACCGAAAGCUCUCAUGGUUAUUAACUGGAUUAAAAACAUGUCAUAAAAAUAACAAAACAUUUAAAGAAAAGUCUGUACUUAACAUUAUUUGUAUACAAAGCCUGACACUGCUUGUGUAUUUUUUGAUAUUUAAUUAAAACUUUGUAAAGAAUCCUUAGGUAUGUGUGUUUUAUAAUUUGCAAUAUAUUUAUUCAGGACCUAUGUAUCGUGAUACAUUUUGUUUUGUUAGGAUCUUGCUAUUAAACAACCCCAUUUUAAACUAUUGAAAAUCAUAAAAACAACAACAGAAAAUAAAAUCCUUUUGCUUUGCCCACAUGUAUAUACAGUACAGUGAACACUCUUUUGUCCGAUUAAAGGCAUGUCUUGUAAA